CAUCGACCACCCCCGGGGUGCCUGACCCGAUCACUGACUUUCCCGUGACAUUCAUCGGGGCCGAGGGGGAUGGCUCGGGGACUACUGACGCUCAGCUGCAACCGUCAGUUGAGCUGGCAAAAACCGGUGCUGCUACUUCAGGAACCAGUGCCAUCGUGUACCACACGCCGAAGAUUCUUGCUGAGGAGACCAUCAUCCUGAACGUCUCAGAGAACAAAGACAUCCUGUGUAUCGGCUCCAGGCCACUCAAGUGGACAUGGGCGACUAGCGACGAAUACACAAGUCAAGUCAUCACUAGGCAGGCUAACGACACCGGAGCAGACGGCCUGUUCCGGCAAGUUCUGCAUAUCAUAAACGCCCGCUGGUUUGACGCUAGGUUUUAUUAUUGUUCUUACGCGGAUGACCCACCACCCUCAAUGCACUUGUAUUCCGCGCCAUCAAUGCAGGAUUCCUUCCAACCGCCACCGUCAAAACAUGACGACAAAUGUGGCUCUGGUGCCUACGGGAUCUACGGGCGUAACCCAGAACCCACGGUUGCAAAGUAUGCACAAAUAUUUAUAUUUGUCACAGAUCCUACAAAGGCCUUUCAAUAUGUGGCCAUCAAUUUUUUUGUUCUCCCAAUAAACCGACCUCUUAUCCUUCCUUGUGGGGUCACUGACCCAAGUAUAAAAGUGGAUUUAUUUGUGAAUUAUGUUAACCAAACAAAUGCAGAAGGGAUUCGUUAUGAUCCUAAAAUUGGAUUCUUUGUAAUAUCGCCAACGUAUGAAUACCAAAAUGGUGUUUUUUGCUAUGCUAAUACUACAGCCAUAAAUGAAUCUAAAGACAUUCGUAUCUUUGUGCAUAUGGAUGGAGGUAAUCUUACACCAACACCACUCUUGGACAUCAACAAACCCAACUUUCAAGUUGGUGAAACUCUACAACUGCACUGUUGGGUCAAAGUGGUCAAGGAUUUUACUGUGUACAUGGACUUUGACUAUCCUCAGAAAGAUCAUUCUGUUCCUCGUCACAACGAUACUUUAGAAAAAGCUGGCAGCAUACAACAUAUCCAGGACAAUGGACGUUACAUUAUAAAACCUCCGCUUAGAGUUACACAUGGUGAUUUUGAUCACAUCACCAACACCUUGACCGUACACGACCUGAGGGUGGAGGAUUCUGGUUACUUUUGUUGUACCACAACAGUCACAGGAGCUCCAAAUAAUUAUGAAAGAAGCUCAAUCUAUAUUCAAGUCUAUGACAAACCGUUUAUUGAGUUAACAACAGAAUUUCCGUACCUCACCGCCCUGGACACCGACGGUGCCACCAAGCUUACGGUUGAUAUCAUAUCUGUACCCACCCCCACAGUCCAGUGGUAUUUUGAAGGGAAAAGGUUGAAAAAUGAAGACGUUAUUUCAAGGUAA